UUUCUGGCUGCAGUCUACAUGUUCCACUGUCACAUCAACAAGAAGACAGAUGUGCUGAAGUAUUUUCUUGGUGAAACCUGGGAGGAUGAUCAUCAUAAUGAUUAUGAUUAUGAUCUGUUUGAUGAUCCAGAAAUGAUUCUCCAGAGGAAAUUAUCUCUGAAUGAUUUGUGGGUGUCUCAGAAGCCUUAUUCUACUCUGGCGCUUGCACAGAGAUCUUCAUCUCUGGAUGAUUUCCUGUGGAAAGUCAUGGAGAAAUCCUUCCAAAGUAGUAGUGGUCAGCUGGACCUGUUUGUCCGCUUCCUUCAUGGCCUCUGUCUGGAGUCCAACCAGACACUCUUAGGAGGUCUGCUGGGUCAGACAGAGAACAGUCCAGAAAACCUCCAAAGUGUUAUUGACAACCUGAAGUGGAAGAACAAUAAUGAAAUCUCUCCUGAAAGAAGCAUCAACAUCUUCCACUGUCUGAUGGAGAUGAACGACCUCUCAGUACAUCAGGAGAUCCAAGAGUUCCUGAAGUCAGAGAACAGAUCAGACAAACUCUCUGAGAUCCACUGCUCAGCUCUGGCCUACAUGUUGCAGAUGUCCGAGUUGGUUCUGGAUGAGUUGGACCUGCAGAAGUACAACACAUCAUACCAGGGAAGACUGAGACUGAUUCCAGCUGUGAAGAACUGCAGAAAGGCUCGACUGACCAAUUGUCGACUCUCAGCGACUCACUGUAAAGUUGUGGCCUCAGCUCUGAAGUCCAACCCCUCCCAUCUAACAGAGCUGGAUAUGAGUUACAACGACCUGCAGGAUUCAGGAGCGAAUCUUCUGUGUGCUGGACUGGAGAGUCCAAACUGUCGACUGGAGACUCUGAGACUGGCUGAUUGUCGUCUGUCAGAAACUCACUGUGAAGUUGUGGUCUCAGCACUGAAGUCCAAGUCCUCCCAUCUGAAAGAGCUGGACAUGAGUUACAAUGAUCUGCAGGAUUCGGGAGUGAAGCUUCUGUGUGCUGUACUGGAGAGUCCAAACUGUCGACUGGAGACUCUGAGUCUGUCAGGCUGUCUAAUCACAGAGGAAGGCUGUACUUCUCUGGCUGCAGCUCUGAACUCCAACCCCUCCCAUCUGAGAGAGUUGGACCUAAGCUACAAUCAUCCAGGAGACUCAGGAAUGAAGCUGCUGUUGGCUGGACAGAAGGAUUCGUACUGGAGACUGGACACUCUCAGGUAUGGAGAGAAUGUCUGAUAAAGGAGGAAACAUUUUCUGUGUCUAUCACUCAGUU